AUGGACAACGACGGCAGCAGCGGAAGCAUUCAAGGCAAGCUCGUCUGGUCGCCCACCGACGUCGCGGCCACCUCGAUGGAUGCCUUCCGACGCACCGUCAAUCAACGCUUCUCGCUCAACCUCGAGACGUACGAUCAACUCUGGCGAUGGUCUUGCGACAAUCUCAAUGACUUUUGGACCACCGUUUGGGACGAGACGGGAGUCAUCUCCUCUGUCAAAGCUUCGCGCGCUAUUGCGGACGAUGCACCCGUCUACCCGCCGCCCCGCUGGUUCGAGGGCGCACGUCUCAACUUCGCUGAGAACCUGCUGCGCCACGGCACGCCGUCAUCCUGUGGAGCAGCGGGCGAGAGGACGGCGGUGAUCCAGUCAACCGAGGUGGAUACCACGACCGGAGAGCUGGACGAGUCUUCGGUUAGCUACAGAGAGCUGUACAGGUUGACGGCGCAAGCGGCUGCGGCGAUGCGGAAGCGCGGAAUCACGGUCAACGACACGGUUGCGAGCUACUCUGCGAACAACGUUGAGAAUCUGGUGGCUUUCUUGGCGGCUUCCUCAAUCGGGGCAGUGUGGACGAGCGCUGCUGCCGAUUUCGGGCCCGAGGGAGUCUUGGAGCGGUUGAGGACGGUAAGGCCCAAGAUCUUGCUCAGCGUCAAUGCGGUCAGGUACAACGGCAAGGUGCACGAUCACCUGAAUAAGCUGCAGAGCGUAGUCGAUGGUCUCGAGGCCGACAGGAAGCACGACGAACAGACACUGGAGGGUGUCAUCGUCAUUCCAUAUGUCAAAUCGCAUCCUGUACCCGAGGGUCUCAAGGCUUCCGCCGGGGAGGCGAACGGAAGUGGCGCAACUCGCUGGACAAGCUGGGAUCAUUUCCUGGAAGAAGGCCGAGAAGCGGCAGACAAACCGAUCGACUUCGAACAGCUCGACUUCAACCACCCUCUCUGGAUCCUCUUCUCGUCCGGCACCACGGGUAAGCCCAAAGCCAUCACCCACCGUGCAGGCGGCAUGCUUCUGCAGCUGUCGAAAGAACACUUCAUCCACGGAGGCCUCACCCCUCAAGACGUUUUCUUUCAACACACCACCACCGGCUGGAUGAUGUGGAACUUCCUCAUCGCCGGCCUCGUCACGGGCUGCCCCAUCGUGCUCUACGACGGCAGCCCGCUGAAACCCGCCUCUGUGCUGUGGGAUUUGGCGGAGAAGCACGGCGUGACGACGUUCGGCACCUCGGCGGCGUACCUCGGAGCGCUCGAGAAGAGCGGGUACGAUGUGAAGAGCAACCACCCGAAGCUGAGGGUACGACAGGUGCUCAGCACGGGCUCGCCACUCCGCGCCGAGCUGUAUCCGUUCAUCCACGCCAAAAUCGGUGCGGACAUCUUGAUCGGGUCCAUCACCGGUGGCACGGAUCUGUGCUCGCUGUUCGCCGGGCACAACACUGCCCUUCCUGUCCGAGCGGGUGAGAUCCAGGCGCGAAACCUCGGCAUGGACAUCGCCGUGUACGACUCGGACAGCUGCACCGAAGUGACCACCCCGAACACGGUGGGCGACCUGGUGUGCAAGAAGCCGUUCCCCGCACAGCCGCUCGGGUUCUGGCACCAACCCGAGUCGAAAUACUUCGACUCGUACUAUGCGCAGCUCCCCGGCGCCUGGUACCACGGCGACUUUGUCCAAAUCAGCCCACACGGCGGCGUGGUGAUGCUCGGCCGCUCUGACGGGAUCCUCAACCCGGGUGGGAUCCGCUUCGGCUCGAGCGAGAUCUACGAGCUACUCGAAAGCCCCGAAAACCCGCUGCAGACAUGCCUCCUCGACUCGCUCGUCGUCGCCCUCAAGACGCCCGCCGGCGACGACGAAGUCGUGUGUCUCUUUAUCGUCCUCAACCCCAACAUCAGGGUGGACAUCGACGCGGUCAAGAAGACUCUGACGUCGCUGGUGAGGACCAAGCGAAGCGCUAGGCACGUGCCCAAGUUCAUCGAGGUGGUCUCAGACAUCCCAAAGACACUCAACGGCAAGAAGGUCGAGGUGCCCGUCAAGAAGAUCAUCAAUGGCGCCAGUCUGGACGCGAUCAACAAGGCGACGCUGCUCAAUCCCGAGUCGCUGCAGCAAUUCGUCACCCUCGGCGAGCGCCUGCGAGGCCAACUUCAAAACUAG